AUGGCAGCGAUCCGAACGACUAAUGCCGCUGCUCACGGCCCCCUCUCCUGCCUGGACGGUGCCGUGUCUUCAGCAAACACCCUGUUUGCUGAUCAGGAACAGCAUGUCAAGGAUACAUCUCGACUAAUCCUGGAUAUCAUUUCUGAGCAUGCGCUUAACAAAUUCGACAACACGCAGGAGUCACUAGAGAAGCGUGAGAUCAACUUCUUGUCGGUCAUUGCCCGAUUCGUCGCGGCACAGCAGCCAGUCAAGACAUGUCUUCCUGCGUUCCCGUUUAAAUCAGCCAAUAAGGUAUAUAAAGUACUCGGUAAUCUGCCUGAUAAGGCUGAGGAAUUGGCUCUCGGCCGGUUGAAUUCCAUGUGCGUCCAGAUUCGGAACGUGUAUUCACCCGGCGCCAGCGUCACCAUCAUCUCAGACGGCAUCACAUACAACGAUCUGCUAUGUAUCUCGGAUCAAGAUACUUGGGCCUAUGGACAGGCUCUGCGAAAAAUGUCCAUCCAGAAAAGAUUUGACAAUGUCGACUUUUGCCGGAUCGGUGAUUUGCUCGAUUCCCCGAUGCCUAAGGAUAUGAGAGACAUCGUCUACAUUGCCAACUGCACAAACUUCCGUCGCAUGCUCCUCAAUGAGCAUGGCAGGGAAGAUCUCAACAUUGACGAUGAGAUUGCCUCAAAUCCAGACACCAAGCUCACAUAUCUCGGAUACAAGAGAUUCCUAGAUUACAAGAGAGACUGCAAAUACCUGGCAAAGCAGAUGCUGAUACGAGGAUAUGCUUUUGCUGGAGCUGUCAAAAACAAGUUCCCGAAUCAUCUCCGUCUUUCCAUUCACGAAUCUGUUGCAGGGGACAAGAUUUCCAUCAGCCUCCUCAGCACGAAAACUGGUUUCACGACCCCAUGGCACUGCACCGUUGCUCAGCUAGCAGACGGCCAGUGGGUAAGCGCUCCCAUGGGCGAGUUUAGUAAGGACAAGCGGUUGAAGGUUGUCUAUGAGGACGGCCGCCCGAGUCACUUUGAAGAACAACCGCUAGAGAAGGGCUCCGAGGGCAUCACCGAGGCUACGGCGGACUACCUCCGACAAGCCAGGCCACUGAGCGUCUACGAGUACCUAAGUGGUGCUUCAACGCCCUCCACAAUCGCCUCCUCGGACUCUGCCUCUGUCAAGCGAUCAUCUUUCUACUCGCAAUCAGAACUUUCAGAAGGCAAUACCCAGGCGACGCCCGCAACAGACUCUCCUCCAAGUCUCGCUUCGAGUCCCGUAGAGAAGCCGAGUGGCGUUUCGCUGUCGCGGGAGCCUGAUCGUGAUGACACGCCGUAUGGCAGACGACUGAUUCCGCAGAUUAUGGAUAGCCUUGCCGUCGUCGAGCCUGAGCGGGUUGUGUUCUCCCUAACAAAGCUUUCUGCCGAGUCUCUUGAAUUCCGUGAUGUUUCCGCCCAACUUUUCACUCAAGCCGUUGACAAGCUGGCGUGGUGGAUUCACGCACAAGUUGGAGAUACUGAGCAGAUUCAGCCUGUGGGUUACAUUGGACCGCACGACCUGAGACACGUUCUCCUGACUUACGCCUGUGUCAAGACCGGUUACACAGCACUCUUCCUAUCUCCUAAGAACAAUACAGAGGGAGCUUUGGCAGUCCUCGAGGCUACAAAGUGCAACAUCUGGGCUUCCGCUGGAGAUGCGGCUACUAUCCCUCUCGUCAAGGACGUGCUCCAACAGCGACCAAUGAAGAUCCUACAGCUCCCACUGCUCGACGACCUACUCAGCACAACACCUACUGAACCAUUUCCCUACACCAAGACAUUUGAAGAAGCUAAGAACGAUCCAUUCUGUUUUCUGCAUACUUCUGGAACAACCGGAGUGCCCAAGCCUAUCCCAUGGUCGCAUAGUCUCGUUGGCACAAUGGACGCUGUGCGGCUGCUGCCGCCAGUAGACGACCCUGAUUUUGACCUCGCUCCCUGGACAUCCAACUGGAAGUCGGGUGACAGGAUCUACUCGUCAUUUCCCAUGAGCCACGGAGCAGGGGUUAUCAUGGACAUCAUGAUGCCAGCCCUCUUCAACCUACACUGCGUCUUGGGUCCUGUGGGCGUGCUCCCCAAUAUCAACCUCGUGGAGAAAUUAGCCGUGACUGCAAGCAUUGACAUUUGGAGCAUGGUGCCAUCUCUCGUCGACGAGCUUGGCGAGACACCUGAAGUAUUGGCAAAAUUCCAGCCGUCCAAGUUCAUCUGCGCGUCUGGAGGUCCCGUCAGCCCCGUCAGCGCAGGAAAGGUCAAUGAAGUGAUCAGAGUGCUGAACCUUACGGGCACGACUGAAGGCCUAUUCAUCGGCAACCUCGUGACGGAGAGGGAAGACUGGUUCUGGUUCUGCUUCCAUCCGUCGUCAGGCUUCGAGUUCAAACAGAUUGACGACGACACCUAUGAGCACUGGGUUCAUCGGAACGAUUCCUGGCCCCUUAUGCAAGGCAUCUUCCAUACUUUCCCAGACAAGGACUCGAUCAACUUUAAGGACUUGUACAGAAGACAUCCGAGCAAGCCAAAUCUUUGGGCCUUCAAAGGACGGAGCGAUGACCUCGUUGUGCUGUCCAACGGCUACAAGAUUUCGCCUCUGGAAACUGAGGCUUUCGUUACUACACACCCUGCCAUCAACGGAUGUCUUGUUUUCGGAACCGCAAAGCCUCAGGCUGGUCUACUUAUCGAACUCAAGGACCCGUCGCACAAGCCCGAUUCGCUACUCGAUAGCAUCUGGGAAACAGUCAAGAAGGCAAACUCCAUGUCGCUUCACAAAAACCAGCUGCACAAGGACUUUGUGACCUUUUCCGACCCUGACAAACCCUUCAUUCGCACCGACAAGGGCACGAUCAAGAGACCCGCCACCAUUGCUCUGUAUAGCGAGUACAUCGAACGAUUCUACAGCUCACGAAGUGAAGAUGUUGAGGUGAACAUCCACGUUGACUUAGCCUCGAUCGAUUCCGUCCAGGACUGUCUCCGUGAGAUUUUGGCUUCAUCUCUACCUGAAGGCAGCGAAGUACCCCCUGAAACGGAUCUGUUUGCUCUCGGCCUGGACUCUCUGGGUGUCUUCGCAGCGGUCAAGACCAUUCGUGCAGCUACAGGGCUCGGAGAGAAGAUUGCUCCCCGCCACGUGUAUGCCAACCCUACAAUUAAGGGCCUCUCAGAGACCGUAUUGAAGCUGUCAGAGGAGAAGAGAGCCAAGGAGAAGGCUUCAGAGCAUGCACCUGUCAACCAGAACAACGUCAAGCUGAACAACUUGAUCGCUCAGCAUAAGGCACGACAAACCUUUGGCCUUAACGCCUUUGAUUAUGUCAACCCCAACCAUGGCAUGGGUCUCAUGUUCUAUUUCCCGCUUCGUGAGGGGGCCGACUUUGAGCGAGUCUUCCAGAAUCUCCAAGCGGGCCUCAACCGCACUUUUGAUAUGAUUCCCGGCCUCAGUGGGAAGAUGAUGCACUGCUCGGAGCAGGUGAUCGGCUACACAAAGGGAGACCUCUGCGUCACGAUGCCCCCCCUUUCGAAGGCAACGUCGGUCCACAAUCGUCUCGUUUACAAGGACCUCUCUGGAGUUCUUCCGUCUUACAAGAAAAUGCAAGAGGCAGGCUUUGCCCCGUCACUCUGUCAAGACGACGUUGUCCUCAGGGACGAUCCGUUUCCGAAGUUUCCCGCCAACAUUUUCGUUGGUCAGGCGAAUUUCGUGACGGGCGGUUGCAUUCUGGCAGUCGACCUAAAUCACUGCUGCCUCGACGGCCUCGGUGUCAUGGUCGCCAUCAAGGCUUGGGCCGAGAACUGUAGAUUCCUCCAGGGCGACGAAUCUGCAACAUGCGAAUGGUUUGAUCCUGAGAGCUUCAACCACAGCCUGCCAGAGAUCAUUCACGAGCAAGAAGGCUGGCAAGAGGUCCUUGCCGAUCCAGCGGCCAAGGGUGUUAUCACAUCCAUCAGCGACAUUGUGCAAGCCUUCUUCUGGCGUGCCGCCAUCAGGGCGCGAUACCGCGUAGCCAAGGAGAUCCGCAAGGAGUCCUUCUCGGACAGUGACCUGUCAAUCCUUGAGCUGCCAACAGACGGCCGCCCAUUCUUCUCGUCAAUGUUGCCGUCAACCUACAUGGGCAGCCUCCUUGUGCUCAGCCGAUCGACAAUGCCCGUCGAGACGCUUUGCGCGCCCGAGACGAGCGUCGGUCAGGUGGCGUAUUUUCUGCGCCAGGCCGCCGCGCGCAUCACGCCCUCGGUCGUCCAUGAUGCGCUGACAAUCCUGCAAUCGCUGCCGGAUCACAGCAGAUUCUCGACGGCGAACAUGGGCCUUGAGCACAUGAACGCCAUGAUCUCCAACAUGAUGCUUUUCCCCGCUAGCGAGAUUAACUUUGGUGACGCCUUCUUCGGAAACGAGGGCUCGCCCGAGUCGAUGAGGCCGCUGAUUGAGCGCGGCAAUGGGCGCUUCCGGUUCCUGGUCGUCUUCCCGCUGCGCAAGGACGGUGGCGUAGAGCUUGUUUUGGGGACGCACCCGGAGGAGCUGGACAUGUUCAUGACGGAUGACGAUUUCACGAAGUACGCCGAGCUUGUAGAUACCUGUUGCUAG